UCCGUUAGGUUUUGAGCAGAGAGAGUAAAGCAAGUCAAGAGAGAUGAGGCUGAUAACGCACAACAUGCUCUCCUGCAACAUCAAAGGAGUCGCUAACGGAUUCCCUCUGAAGAUCGAAGCGGAGAGCGUGAUCGAGAAGGAAGUCGAUUUCAACCCCGACUUCCUCAGACACAUGUUCGCCAAGAUCGAGUGGAAGGCUCUCGUGGAAGCCGCUCGCUCCUUGGGAUACUCCGAGUUACCGGAGGACUCUCCCGCCGCCGCCGCCGAAGACGAGUCCUUGCUGAAGAAGCUACACCACGCGUUGCUCGAGCUGCACCUGGAGGAAGGCGCGCUCGUCUGCCCCGAGACCGGACGGAGGUUUCCGGUUACCAGAGGGAUCCCUAAUAUGCUUCUCCACGAAGACGAGGUUUAAUUUUGAUUUGUUGGAUCGAAAAAGAAAAAAAAGCUUAAUUUUAUUUAGGAUUUGGUGUUGUAAUGUGAGAGAUGGGAAUGUUGGUUACCGACAAUUGUGUGUUCGGACAGGAUUGAUAUACACUGGUUACUUGUGGGUUUAGAUUGUGUUUUGGAACAAAUUGAUGGAUCCAUUGACUGAUU